UUACUUUUCGAUACGAGUGCGAUUAGAUACCGCCAUUGUUGCACUGAAGUCUCCAUCUUCGGGACUUGUACUAUAAAGUAGAACUCCAGCUCUCUCAUACUGCUUUAAUUGAUUGGUCCUCUUUGUUUACAGGAGAGAAGACGACUCGAAGUCAUCUGAUACUAUGAGAAUCUUGACUUGGGUUCAAAAUAAGUUUCAUGGGGGGAAGGAGAAGAAGAGAUUUGGUGAGCCUCAUUGUUCUUCCCCUGAUGAUCCAAAGGAAGAAUUUAAAGACUGGCCACAAUCACUACUAGCAAUAGGAACAUUUGGGAACAAUGAAGAAAUCAAGGAAGAUUCUCAAGACGUAUCUGAUUUCAGCGUUGAAGAAUUCAACCAGUUGCAGGAAGAGCUAAAGAAGUUGCUCUCACUCAAGUCAAAAUCCAGCAGCAGAAAUGGAUCAGAGAUCAUGGAAGAUGACAGAGUAAAUACGCCAUUAAAUAGGUUUCUGAAUUUCCCAUCGAGAUCGGCAGUUGAUAGGACCUUGAGCACGAAUCUAGAGAGCUUGGCGAGCGACAGCAAUGGCGAUCUCUCCCCAAAAACCAAGAUUAUGCUGAUUAGCAAAGUGAAAGAUGUGUUGCUGGGGAAUCCUAAUGCAAUAAAGAAGAAAUCCAUCUCCUUCAUCAUCAAGAAGAUGUUCGUAUGCAGCAGUGGCUUUGCGCCAGCUGCAAGCUUGAGGGAUCCAAUUCCAGAGUCAAGAAUGGAGAAGAUACUAAGAGCAAUUCUCACCAAGAAGAUACAGCAGCCGCCAAGUUCUGCUCCAACUGCUCCAACGAAGCUCAUAGAAAAUAGAUCAACAGAGGAAACACAGGAGAAAGCAGAGGCUGGAGAAGAAGGCGAAGGUAAGAAGAGCAAGGACAAGUGUAGAUGGGUCAAGACAGAUUCAGAUUUUAUUGUUCUAGAGAUCUAGUUGGUUAUGAACACCAGAACACCACAAAGAUCAAAAAAAUGGUGGGUGAAUACUUAAUUCUGGCAGUCAAAGUGCCUUUGCAGGCACUGUGGAAGAUUCUAUUCGAAGCCAAAUGAAAUGUAAAAUUGAUCGAACAUAUUCUGAAAGUUUAAUUGAGCAUGACACUUGUAAAUGAUGAUGAUAAAUAAAAAAGGCAAGAAUGAGUUCGCGUCGACAGUGAAUAAAUGAGUGGCUUCACUUGACUGUGAGCGAAGCCGACAUUGCAUGCAUAAAAGGGGCGGACGCCGAUGCGUACUAAAAAAAAAGGCAUCUUUUUUUCACUUCUUUUCUUCUCCUCGCCGCUAGGGCAAUCACAUCAAUCGUCAGACCAGAAAAUGGUGUCGCUGCGACGACGAUGACGCAGUGGCUGCUGUCGGCUCGGCUUCUCACUGUAUGCUCCUUUUCUUCUCGCCGUGUGGCGAUAAUGGUUGUCGAUGCUUAAUCCUCGGUCGCCUCACACCGGUUCCAUGUUCUUGAUUUUUUAUUUUAUUUUAUUCCUGGAAUAUAUCUGCGCGGAUCACUGCAAGGCGAAAAAGGAACGAUCUUGGUGGCUCGGGCUGUACUUUUCCUUGCUCGAAUUUCUUAACGCCGUCCUAAUUAUCCGUGAAAUCCCUUCUCGAUUCGAUCCUAGGGUUAUAUUUCCUUGAGGAAAGUUCGUUCCUUUGAAGGAGGGCUUGCAUUCAUUCCAAUCUCUCAUGGUCCUUUCUCCCUGAUUUCGAGUUUCUCCCAGAGAUCUGUGUUGAAUUGACGCAUUUUCUUCUUCAAAUUUCCGACUUUCGGGUCACGAAAUGAGCUAAAGGUGGCUGUGAGCUGAAAUGACGGUUUCAUCCUGCCAUUGUCACUAUCCCCUUGUAUGCUGCUCGAAAUCGUCAGUCCGCCAUGACCUGCCUAACCCACAAUGCGGAGAUGCCCUACAAGCGUCCGCGAGUCCAGCUCAAGUUCCAGUUACGUCGGAGAAGAAACCUUCUGGGCAGAAGGUUGUGAUUGAACAGAAGAGUGCAGAGGAUGGGAAAUGUGAGAUCUUGCUGAAGAGCAGCCUGAAAACGCUGAAAUCACCAGAUUCAGAAAGGAUCCUAAAGGGCAAUGUUAAAUGGAUGGAUUCCUCAGGAAAGGAACUUGUUGAGGUCAAGGAAUUCGAGCCAACUGAAUCUGAAGAAUCAGAAGACUACACGGAUGACAACAUAGGGUGCGUUUGUGUGAUUCAAUAACGAUGGCUAGUUCCAUACGGGAAGUGUUCCCACAAGAUUAUCAAUCGAAUGAUUGUUUAGCUGUUACAGAAAUAAUUGCUUGAUUUGUUUUUUUUUUAAUCAUUGGUGUACCUUAUUCAGGGUUGAUUAAACAUCCAAAAUCCAGAUUUCAAGAUGUUCCGGUCGUAA